AGAAUUUGAUUAAAGAGGCUGUUUGGUUUGGUGGAGAUGGCAGAGUUUGAGCACCCUAAUGUGAUGACGAAUCUCAUCACUUUCCUUUCUUCUCUGCUGAAAAGGGUCUCUGAAUCAAACGACGCUAACCUUAAUCUUCAACCUCAGAGAAUCUCUGUCUUCCAUGGCUUAUCAAGACCCACGAUCUCCAUUCACAGCUAUCUGGAAAGAAUCUUCAAGUACGCUAAUUGUAGUCCCUCUUGCUUCAUUGUCGCUUAUGUCUAUCUCGAUCGUUUCACUCAGAGACAACCUUCUUUACCCAUCAAUUCCUUCAAUGUUCAUCGCCUCCUCAUUACCAGCGUCAUGGUUGCUGCAAAAUUCAUGGACGACAUGUACUAUAAUAAUGCAUACUAUGCAAAAGUGGGGGGGAUAAGCACAAUGGAGAUGAAUUUUCUGGAGCUGGAUUUCCUAUUCGGGAUGAGUUUUCACUUAAACGUCACACCAAACACCUUCCGAGCUUACUGUGUACAUCUCCACGGAGAAAUGUUGCUCAUGCAACCUCCUUUGGAUUUUCCCAAUUCUUCAUUAAGCUUACUAGCAAUAUCAUCUUCUUCUUCUUCAUCAUCCCUAAAGGCCCAUUUAUUAUGUUCCAGUGAUGAAGAAUCUAAUAAUUCUCAUCAUCAAAAGCAGCAACAGCAACAAGAAUUAGCUGUUUGAUGAUAUGUAUGUUUGUUAAUGCAUUCCCUCAAUGCAUACGAUGAUGCCUUGUAGUAUAGCUUGUACAUUGGAUUGAACUUAAUUGUUCUAAUUAUUAUGUUAUUACAGAUUGGC